GCGAGACUUCGGGACCCUAGGUUUUUGGCGAUGGCGCUUCGCUGGGGUAUUGUGUCAGCCGGCCUUAUCUCCAGCGACUUCACGACCGUGCUGGGAACGCUGCCUCGCUCCGAGCACCAGGUAGUGGCUGUAGCGGCCCGCGACCUGAGCCGGGCGAAGGAGUUUGCGAGGAAACAUGACAUCCCCAAAGCCUACGGGUCCUAUGAGGAGUUGGCCAAAGACCCGAAUGUGGAGGUGGCCUACAUCGGCACUCAGCACCCCCAGCACAAGGCCGCGGUGUUGCUGUUCCUGGCAGCGGGCAAGGCCGUCCUGUGCGAGAAGCCCAUGGGUGUGAACGCUGCAGAAGUUCGCGAAAUGGUUGCCGAAGCCCGAUCCCGAGGCCUCUUUCUUAUGGAGGCCAUCUGGACCCGCUUCUUUCCUGCUGUAGAGGCUCUGAGGGCUGCUCUGUCACAGGGAACUCUGGGGGAACUCCGGGUGGCUCGGGCAGAAUUUGGGAAGAACUUCACCCACAUUCCCCGGUCUGUAGACUGGGCCCAGGCUGGCGGUGGCCUGCUCGACCUUGGCAUCUACUGCAUCCAGUUCAUCUCUAUGGUCUUUGGUGGGCAGAAGCCGGAGAAGAUUUCAGCCGUGGGAAGGCGCUAUGAAACAGGUGUGGACGACACCGUCACUGUGCUCCUCCAGUACCCAGGAGGGAUCCAUGGCAGCUUUACCUGCAGCAUCUCUGCUCAGCUCUCUAAUAUGGCCUUUGUGAGCGGUACCAAGGGCAUAGGCCAGAUCCUUGACCCUUGCUGGUGCCCAACAGAGCUGGUGUUGAAGGGAGAGCAUAAGGAGUUCCCACUGCCCCCGGCCCCAAGCAAGGAGUUCAAUUUUACAAAUGGAGCAGGCAUGGCUUAUGAGGCCAAGCAUGUCCGGGAGUGCCUGCGAAAGGGCCUGAAGGAAAGUCCUGUGAUUCCCCUGGCAGAAAGUGAACUCCUGGCUGACAUCCUUGAAGAAAUAAGGAAGGCCAUUGGAGUCACCUUCCCCCAAGACACACGCUAAUGCAUGCCCUGAGUCAAUAAAGACAUGGCUCCCACAGA